AUGUCCAAAGUUGAUAAUGACGCAUCCUCAGCCCCGAGUCCCUUAAUAUUGUGGGUUCUUCUAGAGGGCAAACCAAGUUCCACUAAAAUUAUUGUAAAGUCAAGCGAUUUUACAUCACAAUGUUCUGACUUAUUUGACUUUAAGAAAAUUCUUAAGCAAGAAUUUGAGGCUCUUAAGGACGUAGAAUCGGAUUUGAUUGAAUUUUUCUCUGAUAAGGAUCGAACACAACUUUGUUACGGUGGUGAGUUGCUAGCAGACCUUAUUACAACUGAUUCAUGCCCACUUAUCGUUCGAUACCCGCUGUCCACAUCGUGUAUCAUAGUAACUUAUAAAUCAGAGAACAGAGCGAUAUGCGUACUGCUGCCACACUCUAGCGGAUCUUGGGAUUUGCUACGAAAAGAUGUUAUAAAAAAGUUCAGUAGUAAAUUAUCAAAAUUCGAUCAUGCAAAAGUGGAUGACCUCUAUUUUGAAAUCUCUGAAGAAUGGUGUAAUAUCCUAAUUCAAACUCAAUUACUAGAUAGAAAACCUUAUAAUGAAUGGGAAAUCAAAGAUGUAUUCACAAAUGUUUUGCAUCAAGAUUAUGAUGGAUCAUUUAGCCAAGCAUUUAAUUUAGAUAAUCUCCCAAUUCGCAAUUCAAUUACCGUAGAGGAGACGAAAUUAUUUGUUGAACAGAUCAAAAAAACGAUAAAAGUAUUCAAAAAGAAUAUCAAUGUUAAUGAAGCAACUGUUCGGGAAUAUAUAUCUAUUUUCAUGAAGACCGCAGUUGAUCACAUUCAAACGUUUACGAACAAUUCAGCACAGUUAUACGUAGAAGCUGAUCUUUUUGGAUCUAAAGGGUAUGGUCCUGUGGACUAUUUAGUGGCACUCGACGAUUUUGCGGUGUUAGUCAAUAGGGCCAAAGCGCAAGAUUUUACUAAGGGAAUAGCCCAAAACAUUAUGCAAUUGCACAGUGCAUCAGAGAGUUUAUUAGGCAAGCGUAAGUUAGAACAGACAGAAUUUGAAUCAUCGCAACAACAAUUGUUUGGAAUUGUAACAACUGGGGAGAUGCUGCAUGAAAAAAAUGUAGUUUCUUAUAUUGUUCGUAUACUAGAAAAUCAAGACGAUAUGUUAAAAAAUAAUUUCAAAUGUGCACGUAAAGACUAA